GCCAGGGUCCUCAGCAUGUUUCGACUGCUAUUGGUUGCUGCUGUCGUCUGCUGUGCGCAGUCUCACAGCGUGACGUCACAACACCCACAAGUGCUGCAGGCUUUGGGGGAUGCUAGAAAAGCGCUGCAAGCAGCACAGCAAAGCCUUGAAGAAGCACAGGGACAAUCGCCGUCGUCGCCAGCUCUGACGUCCGUUAGCGUAGUUCAGGAUUGGAGUUUGGUGUGUAAAGAGCUCUGCGGGGCUGGCCUCGGCGUAGCGCCAUGUGCGGAUCACUGCCCGACGUCUGGCGUCAAGGUGAUCGGGAUCCUGAGCAAAGAUUUUGAGUUGGCUGAAAGCAAGCAACUGCACGGAUCACAAUCAGUUGAAGCCGUUCAAUCUUUUGGCAGCCGGAUGUGCAGGAGUUUUUGCCAUCAACGACAACGCGCACUCAACGGCUGCAGUCCUUGUCAGUUGCUGGAUGUAUCGGAUGGGGCCAGUACAGAGCAGAGUGUGACUACACAUGGUUCCGGAUCGAGUGCGAGUGCACGUGGUGCCGGGCAAGCAGCUCUGCUGGCCACGGCCAGCGCUGGAGACGAUGGCACACCGGACUGGGACGAAGUGUGCAAGACUCUCUGCAAAACUGGCGAUGGCGGGUCUUUGUGCAACUGUGAUUUAUCGCCGUUUUUCACCUGAGCCCACGCGGCUCGGCUGAAGGUACAUAAAUCACAACCAAUUAUAUAUGCAACUAUAUAAUCUUUCUGUUGUUAUUUUUGUUGUACACUAAAAAAUAUACACUUGAUUUGGUGUCGUUCUAUUUCUGUUUAUGCUAGUGUUGUCUCUCUAUAUGUAAAUUCACUGUUGUUCUUAGUUGAAUUGUAAAAAAGUGAAGUGAAAAGGCAAAUCUAUAUAAAUAUAAUUAUAAGUGCGGUGCAAUAGGCCGCCACGAGCAAAAAACAAAACAAAGAAAAAACAAAAUUCCCUAUGCGAAUCAAUUAAUUUGUAAUUAAUUUCAAUUAACAAAACUAAAAUAACUAUAAUAACUAUGAAACAUAGUAAGGUAAAUACUAACAAUAAUAAUAAUAAAAGAGAAUAUGAACACUUCAAAAUUAACGUUCUCAGCACGUAGAAGAGUAACAACAACAAAUCACAAAAGGGCUUCCAGUGCGGCAACGGUAUCGAUAUCUAUAUCUAAGUGUAUGUCCAUAUAGCUAGGAUAUGGCUGUUCAGAUGCCGAUGUCUGCACAAAUACAUACCUAAGGAUUAGUUAUUCGUCAUAAGGGCGAAGCAGAGACGUAGAAAUCACAACCAAUUAAUAUCAAAAAUACACAACAUAUCGUCGUAAACCAAUUAUUUACACACACAAAAUUAAAUAUAUUAUAAUACCAAUUUAAUUUCAUUAAUGGAAUCAGCAUAUCAAUUUACAAAGGCAGAAGGAAAAGUUGAUUACAUUUUUAAAAACAAAAUUAUAAUAAUUUCGGCUA